AUGGACAGCGCUGAGGAUAGAGAUUGGGUUGGUGUUGCCAAUGAGCUUUUGAGGAGCUGUCACAUAAACCAUCACAUAAACAAUCUCACAGAAUGUGGUGUUGAUAUGUUUGUUCAUCUUUAUGAGUCAAUACUAGGAGAAGAAGUACCAGAUUUCAUAGCUACUCCUAGAAGCCAAGAGGAUGAUGUACAUAAUGUACAAGCAGUAAUAGAUUCCCUGGCAUUGGACUAUUUGCAGGUCAGCCUGUCUCACAUCACUGGUGAGAACAUUGUGAAAGGAGAAAGGGAAUCUAUCAGAAACCUCCUUGAAAUCUUUGAUGGGUUGUUAGAGUAUCUUACAGAAGAAGCCAGUGAAUCCUCUUCUCAGAGUGGAGAUGAGACACAUCUGCUCUUCAAUAAUGGAAUUCCAAUUGCACCUCGAAAGCAGCUGGAAAGCAAUGCUGGUCACCUUGCCCAACCAUCAACAUCCUCAUCAAUUACAGGGUCCGAGUUAGAAUUUUUUGUUCCAUCUUGUGACAUAGAUGGAUCAGAAUCUACAAAUGAAUUAAUCAGGCUUGGAGACACUGCUCAUUCAUUUUCCAAGAGAGAGGAGGAAUUCCAGUUGCCUGAACUGUUAUCAGCAGAGAAGGAAAAUAGAGUGGAAGAGUGCAAAACCUCUGAGGCUGUUACAGCAUUGCCUGCAGAGUUCUAUGAAAUGGAAAGAGCUGUUGUAAAGGAAAAGGAAGAUGGCUCAGUGAAGUUUGUCUAUCCUACUGAACCUCAAAAAGAGAGCCCAGGUGCCAGUGCUACAAAGCUUGGGGAACCUAUACAGCAAGCUAUCCCUUUGCUACCACCAUUUCAGCCUUUGGAAGCCAGACCUCAUUAUCCUGGGUGGAGAGAUUAUCAGAGCUCAGAGAGCCAGGCAUCAGCUUUGACUAACAGUCAAGAAGUGAAAAUUCCUACUUUUGGGAAGUCACUUACAGAAAAGUCUGAAGAUGUUUCUGGUAGUCUUCCUCUAUCAAGGAAAAUUCCUGUGGGAGACCAGGGGGUAUCAAACAAUGCUGAGGACAGCAUGGCAAAGGUUCCCUGGGUUUAUGGGACUCCAUCUGCUUCCUCUUCACAUCAACUCUUGCUGUGUGCUAACCAAGUAACACAGAUUCCAAGACCUGAAUCUCAGGAUCUGCCUAGAAAGAAAAGCAGAUAUAAAAAUUCUGCCACAGAUUCCCUUGAAGAGUCUCCAUCCCACAGAACAAAGGAAAUGCUGUCAGAGCAGGAGCUUCAGGAAGUGUCAGAAAAGCUCUCUAGCCGCUUACAUGAACUGGAUGUGAUGUUAGAGAGAGCUUUGGGUGGGCACAGCAGAGAAGCUGAGCUGACAGAAGAGGACAGCCUCUCACAGCACAGUGACAGCGUCAUGGACUGUCGCCAAAGGAAAGCUGAGCGAGACACAUCACAUCUAAAGUACCAAAGCAGGCCACGAUCCCUUUCUCCAUCCUCACCUUCAUCUCAGCAUCAGCUCUUUUCCAAGCUGGAAGAUAAACUUUGCAGCAAUGGAACAGGCCAAGUAAGGAAAAUACGCAGCCAGUUGCAAAGAGAAAAGGAUGAAAGCACAAAAAAAGCAAAGAUAGUUGGAAAAGCUUAUGAAGAUGAACUAAGAACUUAUGAAGCUACAGAGAGGCUUAGACUUUCCAAGCUCAGAGAAGGCAUCAAGGAAGUGGAACAAGAACACAAAGAAAACAUCUUUCAAGAACAUCCAAAAAUGCCUCAGCCAGUGAAAGUUCAUUCUAGAAAAACCACGCCUUGGAAUCCCAAACACAGCCACUGGCUUCCAAAACGAGGGACUGUGAAGCCAAAGAAAGCAGCUCCAAUGAAAGUAAGAGAUGAUGAUCUCCUACUCCAGCUACUGGAAGAGUUUCCCCACCUGCAUGUUUCCCACCAUACCAUGAAAAAAAUGUGGCAGCAGCAGCUUGCACAGACUGAACAACUUAAAGCAGCUUCUAGCAGACCCAGAGCAAAAUUCCAAAAUGAAGUUCAACAAGCCCUGAAGAAGCAAGAGCUUCUUGUUGGCCUUAUUAAAAAAGAUCAGGAGCAUAACAGGAGACUGCAAGAAGUCAAGCAGCACAUCAGGCGACAGAAGCGUGCUCAGAACAAACUGAGGGAGAAACGGCAGCAGGUUGCCCGAGCCAGGAAAUAUUACGAAGACUACAGAGUGCAGCUGCGUGCCAAGAUGAUGCAUGCUCGGACACGGGAGGAGAGGAUAUUUAAAAAUUUAUUUGAAGAAGGCUUAGAAAUUCAGAAGCAGAGACUGAAGGACCUGAGAGCUUAUGCUCAGGAGAAGCGUGCUGAGCAAAGGAGAGAGCAUCAAAACGAGUUGGAAUCUAUGGAGAACUAUUACAAAGCUCAGUUUUCCAUGCUAGCAGAAGCUUUAUCUCGAGAACACCAAGCAAUGCAGAGCAGAGAGAAGGCACAAGCACAGAUGCUACAGAAAACAAAGAGAGACUUGAGAUCAAGGAUGGAAAAGGAAAUAGAGCAACUGCAAGCAGCAAUAAUGCAGAAUGAUGAUGACACCUUUUUCCAGGAGCUGGAAGCAGACAGGCUCAAGUCCAGGCUCCAGACAGCUUCCUUCCAGUACAGCAAGAGCUGGUUGGUGUGA